AUGUCGGAUAUAUCGAGGAAGUCUAGCGUGACGCCGUAUCUGGUUUAUCUCGUCUUCAUCACCACGCUUGGCCCGCUUCAAUUCGGCUAUCACUUGGCUGAGUUAAAUGCCCCUCAAGCAGUGAUAACAUGUGAACGCAAAGGUAUUCACUCUGCAGGCAAAACAUUCCAUGGCCUACCGCAAUGUCUUGCGAUGAGUCCGUCUCAAUUCGGCCUGGUGUCUUCGAUCUACACGCUCGGUGGUCUGGUCGGGGCUCUGCUGGCAGGGCCUGUCUCGACUAAGUAUGGGCGUCUUCUUGCACUCCGGGCGACUACGGUAUUCUUCAUCCUGGGUCCUGUGGCAGAGACACUCGCUCCCGGGAUCGGGCUUCUUAUCUUGGGUAGAUUCCUCUCUGGAAUUGGAUCCGGUGCUGCCAUUGUGGUUGGCCCAAUCUAUAUCUCAGAGAUUGCUCCUCCUAGUGCCCGAGGUUUCUUCGGUGCCUUCACUCAGAUCAUGACCAAUGUUGGCAUUCUGUUGACCCAAACACUGGGCUAUUUCUGGAGCGAAGCAAACAUCUGGCGACUGAUCCUAGCUGUGGCUGGAAUCAUUGGGGCCCUGGAACUUUUGGGGCUCUUCUUGGUACCAGAGAGUCCUGCCUGGCUCGCGGAACACGAAAAAGUCAGCCAUGCACGCAGAGUUCUACAGCGGAUCCGCGGCCGAGAUGCCGACAUCGAAGCGGAGAUUGCCAGCUGGAGGAGUUCGGAUGCUCCAUCUGAAGAAGAGUCCUUGCUUGCCCCAUCUUCAGAGACUCAAUCUGUCAAAAAGCCUUCUGUUACAUUCAUGCAGGUUGUCAAAGACCCUUACUACCGCCCAGCCAUCGUCGCCGUGGUUGGAGUAAUGGUCGCUCAACAAUUGACCGGGAUGAACAGCAUUGUCAUGUACAGCGUGUCCCUGUUGCAGAGCAUCUUGCCUACGACAGCCGCGUUGCUCACAGUGAUGAUCUCGGCUAUCAACCUCCUGAUCACGCUGGCGUGCUCACCACUACCCGACCGCAUCGGUCGCAAGACGUGUUUGAUGCUGAGUAUCUGCGGUAUGGGCAGCAGCUCCAUCCUCCUCGCAAUCAGCAUCUACAUGAACGCCAAGAUCCUGACUGCGAUCGCGGCAUUGCUCUUCGUGGCAUGCUUCGCGGUCGGACUUGGCCCGGUGCCCUUCAUUCUGGCUUCAGAGCUAGUUGGACCAGAAGCAGUUGGCGCAGCACAGAGCUGGGCACUGGGUGCCAACUGGAUUGCAACCUUUGUGGUUGCGCAAUUCUUCCCCAUCCUCAACGAUGCCCUCGGAGGUCGCGGAAAGGUCUAUUGGGUUUUUGCAGCUAUGGCGGCGUUGCUAGGUGGCUUCAUCUACCGAUAUGUACCAGAAACCAAGGGAAAAGCCAACGCUGAUGAAGUCUGGAAUCGGACGGACCGACGACAAGACUAA